UUCCCGUUCUAAGCAAAGUUUUGGGUUCUGUUGGCGGCGCUCGCAGAUCUGCCUACUCACAACUCCGCGGUUUGGCUGCCAAGAAAAAACGGCAGAAAAGCAAAAAGUAAAUUUGCAGAGUGCGUAGAAGACAGUGAGUAAGUAAGUAGGACCAACUGAGCGGGCGGAGAAGCGUUGCUGAGAGAAUUAGUGGUGCAACAUCACUACUCCAAGUAGGAGCGGACCACCACGGCAACCAGGUAAUAUAAGGGAGGGAGCGCGAUGGAUCACCACCAUGACGGAGGAGAAAACGACUACAUGCAGCAAGAAGACGACUGGGACCGGGAUCUCCUUCUGGACCCCGCCUGGGAGAAACAGCAGAGGAAGACAUUCACAGCCUGGUGUAACUCCCACCUCCGGAAGGCAGGGACACAGAUUGAGAACAUUGAAGAGGACUUCCGUGAUGGUCUGAAACUUAUGCUGUUGUUAGAGGUCAUAUCAGGAGAGCGAUUGGCGAAACCAGAGCGAGGGAAGAUGCGUGUUCACAAGAUCUCCAACGUGAACAAAGCUCUGGACUUUAUUGCCAGCAAAGGAGUGAAGUUGGUGUCCAUUGGGGCAGAAGAGAUUGUUGAUGGAAAUGCUAAGAUGACCCUUGGAAUGAUCUGGACCAUCAUUCUCCGAUUUGCCAUCCAGGACAUCUCUGUUGAAGAAACAUCAGCCAAAGAAGGCCUGCUUUUGUGGUGCCAGCGGAAGACUGCUCCCUACAAAAAUGUCAACAUCCAGAACUUUCAUAUCAGUUGGAAGGAUGGGCUGGGAUUCUGUGCACUCAUUCACAGACAUCGUCCAGAGCUCAUUGACUAUGGGAAACUUCGCAAGGAUGACCCCAUGACCAACCUGAACACAGCUUUUGAUGUGGCUGAGAAGUACCUGGACAUUCCCAAAAUGCUGGAUGCUGAGGACAUCGUGGGCACUGCCCGCCCGGAUGAGAAGGCCAUCAUGACCUACGUGUCUAGCUUCUACCAUGCCUUUUCAGGCGCGCAGAAGGCGGAAACGGCAGCCAACCGAAUCUGCAAAGUGCUGGCAGUCAAUCAAGAGAAUGAGCAGUUAAUGGAAGACUAUGAGAAGCUUGCCAGUGAUCUUCUGGAAUGGAUCCGUCGCACCAUUCCCUGGCUGGAGAACAGGACCCCAGAGAAAACUAUGGCGGCAAUGCAGCAGAAACUGGAGGACUUCAGGGACUAUCGACGUCUGCACAAGCCACCCAAGGUUCAGGAGAAGUGCCAGCUGGAGAUCAACUUCAACACCCUGCAGACCAAACUGCGGCUCAGCAACAGGCCUGCCUUCAUGCCCUCUGAGGGUAGGAUGGUCUCGGACAUUUGCAAUGCUUGGGGCAGGCUGGAGGGAGCUGAGAAGGGCUAUGAGGAGUGGCUCCUAAAUGAGAUCCGUCGACUGGAACGCCUUGACCACUUGGCAGAGAAGUUCCGCCAGAAAGCUGCUAUCCACGAGGCCUGGACUGAAGGUAAGGAGGACAUGCUUCAGCAGAAGGACUAUGAGACCGCAUCACUGUCGGAAAUCAAGGCCCUGCUGAAGAAACACGAGGCGUUCGAGAGUGACCUUGCUGCCCAUCAGGACAGAGUGGAACAGAUAGCAGCCAUUGCACAGGAGUUGAAUGAGCUGGACUACUACGACUCCCCUAGUGUGAAUGCCCGCUGCCAGCGGAUUUGCGAUGAGUGGGAUGCUCUUGGUGGUCUUACCCAGAAGAGGAGUGAGGCUCUACAAAGAACUGAGAAACUGCUGGAGACAAUUGAUCAGUUGUACCUUGAGUUUGCCAAGAGAGCAGCACCAUUUAAUAACUGGAUGGAAGGGGCUAUGGAGGACCUACAAGACACAUUCAUUGUUCACACCAUUGAGGAGAUCCAGGGUCUCAGCACAGCUCAUGAACAGUUUAAGGCAACGCUGCCAGAGGCAGACAAAGAGCGUCAAGCAAUCUUGGGCAUCCACAAUGAGAUUGCAAAGAUCGUUCAGACCUACCACGUCAAUAUGGCUGGAACCAAUCCUUACACAACCAUCAACCCACAGGAAAUCAAUGCUAAGUGGGACAAGGUUCGACAGCUGGUGCCACAGCGCGACCAAGCUCUGAUUGAGGAGCAUGCACGACAGCAGAACAAUGAGCGACUGAGGAAACAGUUUGCCAGUCAGGCUAAUGUUAUUGGGCCUUGGAUCCAGACCAAGAUGGAAGAGAUUGGGCGCAUUUCCAUUGAGAUGCACGGGACCCUGGAGGACCAGCUGACGCAUCUUCGUCAGUACGAAAAGAGCAUUGUCAACUACAAGCCAAAGAUUGAUCAGCUAGAGGGAGAUCAUCAGCUCAUUCAGGAGGCCCUCAUCUUUGACAACAAACACACUAAUUACACCAUGGAGCAUAUUCGUGUGGGUUGGGAGCAGCUCCUUACAACCAUCGCUCGCACCAUAAAUGAAAUAGAAAACCAGAUCCUGACACGGGAUGCCAAGGGCAUCAGCCAGGACCAAAUGAAUGAGUUCCGGGCCUCUUUCAAUCACUUUGACCGGGACCACUCUGGCACUCUGGGCGCUGAGGAGUUCAAGGCCUGCCUGAUCAGCCUGGGCUUCGAUAUCGCCAACGACGCACAGAAGAGAACAGGAAUGAUGGACAGAGAAGACUUCAGAGCCUGCCUUAUCUCCAUGGGUUACAAUCUGGGGGAGGCAGAGUUUGCUCGAAUUAUGAGCAUUGUGGAUCCCAACAGACUGGGCGUCAUCACCUUCCAGGCUUUCAUUGACUUCAUGUCCCGAGAAACCGCAGACACAGACACUGCAGACCAGGUCAUGGCCUCCUUCAAGGUGUUGGCUGGGGAUAAGAAUUACAUUUUAGCUGAUGAGCUUCGCAGAGAGUUGCCUCCAGACCAGGCAGAAUACUGCAUUGCCCGCAUGGCACCUUACACCGGACCUGACGCUGUACCUGGUGCCCUUGAUUACAUGUCCUUCUCCACUGCACUCUAUGGAGAGAGUGAUCUCUAACACCGCUUUCCUGCCAUAGCGAUUGCCUCAAACUGCCCGGGGGCCAUUGGUCCCCUUCAGUUCUUACGACUUCAUAAGUCAGUUUGCAUUCCUUUCCUUGCAUAGUCAUAUCAUCCACAUGCCUUUUUCAAAAACCAUAUACCUUCCCUGGCAUUAUUUGCUUUAUCCUUGUACAACAGUCUGUCCCCAUCUCAUCACAUUACAACUUUACAUUUUUAUUUUGCACACCCCCAGCUUUUUCCACUUCCUCUGUUAUCCCCAUGAUCUGUCAUCCAAGCAAUGGCUACAUUGUACUUACUCUAAAUUGCAAGGCAGCAGCUCUCCAGGUUUGCAGAGGGGAGUGAAAUUUUUGUUUUU